AUGGCCGAGGCGGAAGAGGACCGCCAUCGGUUACUCGUCAGCAUUGAGAAUCUAGAACGCGAGAAGCGGGAGGUUCAGGCUGAGAAUGCCCGCAUCAUUGAAGAAAAUCGCGGCCUGUUGGAACAGCUCGAUGGCCUCAACAAGGCCGUUGCCGAGUCUGACUCCCACUCCAAGUCGCUGGAGACCCGCCUCGAGAGCACCGAGGCGGAGCUGCGCAAACUCACGCACUCAGCGGCUCGCGCCGCCGACCUCGAAGCGCAACUGGCGCAAAUGGAAGCGGAACAAUCCAAGUUGCAGGAGAGCCUGCAGUCCGCUCAGGAGGACUCCAAGUCGGCUGUCCAGAGAUGGCGCCAGGCCGAAUGCACCUUGCGGGACCUGCACGAUCAGGUGGAUCGCAUCGAGAAGGAAGCCCGCGAGGAACGGGACCGACAUGCGGAGCUGGUUCAACGUAUGGAGCGGCGGCGGACCGUGGAACGGGAGCUCGAUGGCGCCGCAGGUCGAUUGAAGGGCGCCGCAGCGGCCCAGGAGUUGGGGCGCAAUCGCGGCGGCGCGACGGUGGUCUCCCGCUUCGUCCGAGAUAUCUUGCAGGACAAUGCCAACCUGCAGAUGGGGAUAAUGGAGUUGCGAGAGAUGCUAGAGAGCUCCAACCAGGAGGUCGAGAAUCUGCGGGAUCAGGUUCUGUCGCACCAGCCGUUGGCACCCGAGGACCAGGAGAUCCGGCCGUCCACGACUCUCAGUCAGGAACUGGAGUCGAAGGAGUCGCGUCGGGUGUCGCAGGAAUUUCACAUCCAUCACCAUUAUCACUCACCGACCAUCAAGAAGGAGCGGGGUUCACUCUUCCGUCGCAACAAGAAGAGACGCUCCCUUGGCAGCGCGACGGUGCUACACUCGGUUGCAGGAACGCCCCUCACGCAAAGGGCGAAUCACCGAUCCAAACCCUCGACUUCCUCCGCUUCUACAAUCCUUUCGCAAACCUCCGUCUCUAUCCCUCCGACGGUCCCUCACCGUUGGUCAUUGCAGUCCCCUGCGUCGGAAUCGAUGGCUAGCUCCCCGCAGUCGGCAUAUCAGCCAUCAUCCAUCUUUGACCGGGUAGACCGCGGGUUCGAUUCCUCCCAGCCGACAAGCCCUGAUAGCACAGUCUUCUCAUCGCCGCUGCGAAGCGGCCGGUUCAAGAAGGCACAAGUCGAUGCAGCGUAUCGCUCGCUGGAUGGUGAGGGAGUGUCAGUACCGGGCAUUGACGACGACCUGGUUCAUGACUAUUUCCAGCGUCGCAGCAGUGCCGAAUACGCGGGCAGAGCGGCGAUGCAGUCUGUCAUUCCAGAGGAGAGGGAGGAUGGGCGAUCGACGCAAUAUGCCGAGUCCGCACGGGCUGCCUCUCCUGCCGUUCAGGACGGCAUUUUCUCCACGCCCUAUCGCGGCCCCCGCCGCAGCGCCUCCCACGAGAGUCUCUUUUCCGUGGCUGGCAUGGACAUUCACACUCCCAGCCGUCGUCCUUCGCGACUGAGCGACCUCCACUCCAGUGCUGUUCCGGUCCGCAUUCCCCGCCGCAUCAUGUCCUCCAGAGCCGACCUGUUCCCCACGCCUCCCAUCAUCUCUCCUAGUAUCGUCACGGCGGGCAGCGAGCUGGCGAUGAUAACCGACCAAUCCCCGCAAACGCUCCUUGCCUCAGUGGCAGGCAGUCGCAGUCACACUCCGGUUGAGAAUGACCCCGAAGACACAACUACCGCCUCAUUCCGCAAACUCUCCUUGGGCCGUCGUGUCGGCGGCUGGGUCCGCGGGCACUGGGGCACAGCGCCCACCUCGUCCAACGAACCCAACGCCGAGACAUCUACCACAACUUCUGCUUCUGCUUCCAACACACCCAGCCGGAGGCCCUCAUCCGCUGGCUCCACCUCCAGAAAGAGCCGGCACCACCGGCCUCAGCUGGCCCCUCCUUUGCGCUUCCGGUACCCGGGGGUGAACCAGAAGGGCCCGAUCCUGGGGUUCCGGCCUCCGUCGCGAUCACGAGUGCCGGUGUCGGUGCAUGCAGAACAAGUGGACGAGGGGCUACUCCGGGAGAGUCUUGCUGACUGCCAGUGA